AUGGCAGCUCCCAUGGUAAACAAGAAAAUAUUUAAUAUAGACAAGAAAUCCAGUAACAGUAAAAAAUCAAAGACCAUCCAUGCUUCUCCCACAGCCCAACAAAUGUCCACCAGUACAAACAACAAUCCAGGAAGAGACAAACAGGCAGAUAAGGACCCUGCUUUGAACAAUCUUGAGCCUAAACAGGCAAACAAAACAUGGAUCAAACAACAGAAUUGA